AUGCGCACCGCACCGCAUCCCCCGGCGGGUGCCAAAAGCGGCCCGCGGGCAUCACGUGGGUCCGGCCUGCCGCCGCGCGGCGCUCCGCGCGUGCCCGGUCCCCAGGAGGCCCCAGGUACGGCGGGGGAGCGCCGGAUCGGCGGCGUUUCGCUUCCCACCCCCCCGACCCCGAGGCGGAGCGACGAUCGGCUGCCUUGCCCUCCAUGGUGUCCGUGUUGUUUUGCUCUCCCAGGGGCUCGGAUGGCUCAGCCGCCUCCAGGCCCACGCUUUGUGCUCAGAGGUUCCAGUGCUGCUGUCCAUGCGCUGCGUUUCUCCUGCGGAGGUGAAGAACCUGCUGUCCCCAUUCUCUUCUCUGGGUCUGAGAAUGGGUUUAUCCAUGUCUGGAACCUGAAAACUCACAGAGUGGACGCGGCCCUGGAUGGCCAUGGAAGAAAAUCUGUCUUCUGGUUGGAAAAAAUGGAUGGUGAAGACAGGCUCCUGAGUCAAGGUCGUGACCAGAGGAUCUGCCUGUGGGAUUUAGCAGAGGGACGGACUGCAGUGACGGAUUCUGUCUUCACGGAGAAUGUGGGAUUCUGCAGAAGCUCUCUGUUGAAGGUGGCACAGGGACGCUGGCUGAUGGCCACGGCAGCCAAGGCCCUGGAGGAGGUUCAGGUUUUGGAGCUACCAUCCAAGACGUCAGUCUGUACCUUGAAGCCAGAGAUGGGUGCCAAGCUGGGCAUGCCCAUGUGUCUGAAGUUAUGGCAGGGCAGCUGUGGUUCACAACCGUCGCUUCUGGCCGGCUAUGAAGACGGAUCGGUGCUCCUUUGGAAUUUGUCAACGGGAAAAGUGUUGAGCCAACUGAUUUGCCACCAGGAGCCGGUGAUGAGCCUUGACUUUGACUCAGAGAAGGCCAAAGGGAUCUCGGGCUCAUCCGAAAAGGUGCUUAGCAUCUGGAGCCUCAAUGAGCAACAGAACCUGCAGGUUCAGAAAACACACAGACUUGUCAAUGCUGGCAUAUCUGAUAUCACCAUCCGUCCAGACAAGAAGAUUUUAGCAACAGCAGGGUGGGAUCAUCGCAUCAGGAUCUUUGGCUGGAAAAAACUGAAGCCCUUAGCAGUGCUGGACUACCACACCGCAACUGUCCAUUCUGUGUCCUUCUCAGACCACAGCAGCCCCACUGACAGACUGCUGGCAGCUGGUGCAAAGGAUCACCGCAUCAGCAUCUGGUCCAUAUACACUCAGACGUGACAGUUUGCACUGUCAUGCGCUGGGAAGUAGGAUCGAUGAAGCCAUUCCUUACACAGUACCUCAAACCUGGACCUGGUGAAGCAGUAGAACUUUUUUCCAGGCAGAGGUGAGUGUCUGGAAAUUGCUAGAUUAAAAUUCUGAGCUGACUGUUCAUGUGGAAAGUUCCGUCUCCCAUGGAGGGGAGUUGACUUCUAAAACUUACAACAGGCGGAGCAAGGCCAGUCAUGAACAGUGACAGAGGACAAGUUGCUGAGUUCUGCUGCAGGUUUUGCAACAGCUUUUUCUUUGGCAUAUUGCUAAAAUACCUUGGGCCAAUUUCUGGAAAAAGAACUGGAAUUUCUCAGCCUUCUGUGGGAGCAGAAUGUCUCUGCUCGUAAGUCACUUGUGUAUCUAACAAUCUGUAUCAGUGUAAAAUACCUCUCUUCUGUGAGAACUUACACCCAUUAAACCAGCUCCAGUGGUUUUU